CUUUCUUUUACUUCUUCGUCCUUGGCUUAUCACACAAAGCAGAAAAAACUUUACGAGGAAAUUUCGUACAGACUUUUGCACAUCUUGGUGCCUGCCUCAUCGCCAUAUUCCUUGAGAAAAUUUUGAAAUUUUAAAAAAUUUAAAAAAAUUCCACCGAGGAUACAGGCUCGGACAUUUCAAUUCGACUUGUUCCCAUACUUUGUUUUUUUUUUUUUCCUUCGACUACAUCGGUCCAGAAGCGUGGUCCAGGUUCAAGACCAGCCUUAUCCUUACUCUUUUCCCGAGCGCCCUUGCUCGCGUUCGUGCACAUACUUUCACCUAGUCAGCCUUAGGGUGGUUGCAAGCCUUGACAAGAAGCAAAUUAGCCUCUUCGGUGCCGCAAUAUUCUCCAGGCCCUUGCAUGGCCCCCUACUCCGUACAGCAACUGUUACAGCCAUGGAGCAUCUUGAUUGUGUGGUUAUCGGCGCUGGCUGGUAUGGUCUAGCAUCUGCAAAGCAGUAUCACACCCAGCACCCUGACCAUGCCCUGGCCAUUCUGGACUCGUCCCCAACGAUCGGCGGGGUUUGGGCCGAGCACAGACUGUACCCGGGAUUGAAAAGUAACUGCCUCAGAGGCAGUUACGAAUUCCCGGACUUCCCCCUCACCGACGACUAUGGCGUCCCCGACCGCAAGUACCUACCCGGGGAGGUCAUCAACCGCUAUCACAUGUCGUAUGCCAAACACUUUGGCAUCCACCCUUUCUUCCGUGGCAGCACAAAGGUCGUUAGUGCCGAACACGAGGCCGGAGAGGGCGGAUGGACCCUGACCAUCCAGAGCGGCUAUGACGUCCUAACUCCAGACAAUGACCUACCAACCACGCAAAUCUUCACCAAGCGGCUCAUUGUCGCAACCGGUCUGACCUCUGACCCGUUCAUGCCCAAGUAUGAGGGACAAGAGGACUACGGCGCGCCGCUGUUCCACUCCCGGGACUUCAAGCAGAACGCCGACACGCUCGAUGCCGGCCGGACCAGGCGCGUGACCGUGCUGGGCGGUAGCAAGAGCGCUUGGGAUGCUGUGUACGCGUUCGGGUCCCGCGGAAUCCCCGUCGACUGGGUCAUCCGCGAGUCGGGCCACGGCCCCUGCUGGAUGAGCCCGUCGUUUGUGACGCCGUUCAAGAAGUGGCUCGAGGCGCUGGUCAACAUCCGGCUCCUGACGUGGUUCAGCCCCUGCGUCUGGGCUCAGGACGGCGGCUACCAGGCUUUCAGACGGUUCUACCACGGCACGGCGGUGGGCAGGGCCCUGACCAACGCGUUUUGGAGCGUUUUGGGCGGCGACGUCAUGAGCCUGUGCCGCUUCGACUCGCACCCCGAGGUGGCCAAGCUCAGGCCCUGGACGGACGCCUUCUACGCGGGCUGCAGCUUCAGCAUCCUGAACUACGACACCGACUUCUUCGACCUCGUCCGCAGCGGCGUCGUCAAGGUGCACAUUGCCGACAUUGCCCACCUGAGCAAACACAAGGUGCACCUGGCCGACGCCGAGGGAACCGUGCUCGAGUCGGACGCCUUCGUCAGCGUCACGGGCUGGAGGGACAAGCCGCCGCUCAAGUUCCUACCCGAGGGGAUCGAGGUCGAGCUGGGCAUGCCGCAUUUUCCCGCCCCGGAGCCGGUGCCGACCGAUCUGGCCAGCCAGAGGGAGCUUUUUGACCGCGCCGACGCCGAGAUCCUGUCGCGCUUCCCGCGCCUGAAGGAUCCCGGGAGCUUCAACAAGCGGUACGUGCCGCUGGCGCAGCAAAAGGGGGUCACGGUAGACGAGGACAAGCUCACGCCGACGUCGCCUACCUCGACGUUCCUGUUGCAUAGGUUCAUGGUGCCGCCGUCUGCGCGGUUCCUGCGCACCAAGGACAUUGCCUUUGUUGGGUUCAACAUGAAUUUCAGCAACGCGAUAUCAGCCCACGUGCAGGGCCUCUGGGUGUCUGCUUACUUUGACGGCAAGCUGGCACGCGACCCGAGCGCCGUGAUCAGAAACGACGACGGCGACGAACACGAGGGCAGCAGCAGCAACAACAAGAAAUUGGCAACGGAAAAGACGCUCCAGGACUUGCAGUACGAGACGGUCCUGCACAACCGGAUGGGCAAGUGGCGAUACCCGCACGACCACGGCGCCAAGCACCCAGACUUUGUGUUUGAGGCGCUGCCGUUCCUAGACACGCUCAUGGCCGACCUCGGCCUGCCGGUGCACCGCAAGGACGGCUGGUUCAGCGAGGUGACGCAGCCGUACGGAGUCAAGGAUUACUCAAACGUGAAUGAGCAAUACGUUGAUAGGCUGAAGGCAUUGGAAGGAUUGCCUUGAGGUAAAAAGUAUUGAGUGCAAUUGGAGACGAGGACGAUGUUUAACGGGAGCGGGGCUUACCUACAUUCAUUUUUCAUUUUCUUUUUUUUUUUUUUUUUGUUUUUUUUUUUUUUUUUUUUUUUUUUU